CUCCGGUGCUGCUGAAGGGUAUGGAGUAUGAUCUUGGUGUGGCAGUGUAGAGUGGGUAGUUGGCUCCACUAGGUUUUGACGUUGUAUUCCUCAUGGAGAGUGUUUUUUCGUCCAAGUUGAGUCGUAUGGAGCUUGGUGAUGGAUGUCGCUAGGGAGUGCUGUGUAGAUGUUGCUGUGACGACCCCAUCCCUUUCGGUAGAUCUGCCCUUGCUUGUUUCGGACUUCGGGAUGGAGUUUGAGGUGGAUGAAACCUUUCUCUUCAAUGACUGGGCUGACCUUGCCUGGUCCUACGAGCACCAAAAACACUACGUCGACUUCAUCCUGGGUGGCCACAUAGCCAAAGCGGAGGAGAAGAAGGCGAACCUGGCGAAGGAAAGGGAGGGGAUACUGGGGAGGACCACUAGAUUGGAGGAGACCCUCAAGAAGAUUUGGGAGGUCGGGAAGGAUCCUGAGGUGGAAGAGGAAAAGGCUGAAAACGAUAGGUAUGAUCGGGCUCUUAUGGGGAUAAUGGGGGAGGAGGAGGAGGAACUCAGGCAGCUCCUGGAUAACCAGCCCCUGCCCCCACCUCCACCGGGAGGAGUUGGGCAGGAAGCAAGCCGAAACAAGAGUAACGGAUUCGUCCCCAUUGGCUCUGCGCAGUGGCUUGAGAGUGUGAUGGGGCAACAACAGGAUAGGGGAUGGGUGGGGAAUGGGUUUCAUAACCUGGCUCCAAUCAACGUCAAAGGUUGGAAAUUCCUAGCUGACCUGUUGAAGAACGAAGUCGAGGAAUGCCGAAGGAAGGCACUGGUAGGAACGCUGGACUAUGCUAACGCUACCCCACACUUCGGUGGCAAACUCACCUUCCCCACCUUGAGUGUGCUCGACCCUACCAAAUGUGUGUUUGCUAACCCAGUGGUUAUGCAGAAAAUGAUCCCAUCAUCCCUUAGCCUGGAUCUGAGGAACCUCCGCAGAAUGGGACGACCUAUUCCGGAGGUGCUUAGAGUGGAGCUUGAUCCGGAUAUUUUCCUGCCCUGGCCGCCAGCGGGUCCCACCCUGAUCAAGAUUGCCAAGCCCAAUAUCUGGGAAGCCCAGAGGAGCUCCGGGCAACCUUCGAUACCCAUCGACAACAUUGCUAUGGCAGACAUCCUGACUGCAAUGCUACAAAUCACGACUAUCGCUGGGGUCCUGCUUACGGUGGAGUGUGAAAGAGUGGCAGUGGGGGAGAUAAGGGGAUUUGGCACCCGAUCGGAGGAAGGAACGAUUAAUUGCGACAUGAGGCUGAGGGGAGUUUCUGGGGAAGGGGCAUUCCCCGGAAAGCAGACUGGGCUGCUUUGGCCGGUGGUGAGAGCAACCAUGAAGGACAUAGCCUCAUCGAUAGCUGCGACGCUGGACUAUGGCGGGGAUUCUGGAGGCAGCUGCUUUUAUGGAUUCGGCGGGCUUUUUGGCCCAGGAUCGGACUUCUGGGGGAGGAUUGUGAAGAUCGGGGAUGCCCUGUACGCGGAGCCAGAACCAGAUGCACCAGGCAUGGAUGGAACACUAGCGAUAACUGGUGGAGAUACCACGACUACUCGGAAUGAUGGUGGAACAGCAGAAGGAAGCGCGACGAAUCCAUCGAUGGGGAUAGCAUACUGCAGCAGAGCCGCCUGACCAACGGAAGCAGGCGUGGGGAGGCAAGAACAGGGAGACUAUCCCUCUUAAGUGAACUAAUACACGCAAACUC